CUCAUCCACUUUCAGUCCCGCCAAACUCCCGCUGCACCGCCGUCGACCACCACGUUCCUCCACUCUUCCACCGCGUAGUCACCAGUCCAUUCACCUCUCUUCACUUCCGUAUUCUUAAUAUUGAAUAUUACCCUAAUUUCGAUCCCAGAAUGGAGGUUUUUGCUUUCUCAGCUUCAUCUUUGUUCGGUUCGAGAAUUAGCGAACCAUUAGCCUUAAUCUCCUCGAAACCGUCUUCCAUGUUGAACUUCAAAAGAACUCCACUGAUUAAAAUCUCAUGUGGUUACUCUUGCUUGGAAAUUAAGGAUGUUUAUUAUCGACCUCCAGGGACACAGAUUAACCUAUUGAAUGGAGUUAGCUUUUCGCUUCCAGAGAAAAGCUUUGGCUUAAUUUUUGGACAGAGUGGAAGUGGAAAAACUACCCUCUUGCAGCUACUUGCAGGGUUGAGCAAACCAACGUCAGGUUCUAUUUAUAUUCAGAGAUAUACAGAUGAAGGCAAACCAAAUCAGUCUCCAAAAUCUUUAGUUCCAGAAAGAGUUGGUAUUGUCUUCCAGUUCCCAGAGAGGUAUUUUGUAGCGGACAAUGUACUUGAUGAAGUUACAUUUGGCUGGCCAAGGCAAAGGGGUGGACCUCAAUUGAAGGAGCAUCUUGCACUAAAUCUCCAAAGAGCCUUUAAUUGGGUUGGGUUGAAUGGUAUCUCCUUGGAUAAAGAUCCUCACUCAUUGAGUGGUGGUUACAAACGCAGACUUGCUCUUGCAAUUCAAUUAGCACAAGUCCCUGAUUUGUUAAUAUUGGAUGAGCCUCUUGCUGGUCUCGAUUGGAAGGCACGUGCAGAUGUUGUGAAACCUUUGAAGCAUCUGAAGAAAGAAUUAACUAUACUUGUUGUCAGUCAUGAUCUCAAGGAGUUAGAAGAUUUAGUUGAUCGAUCUUGGAGGAUGGAAAUGGGUGGAGUUCUGAGGGAAGAGCAGCUAGUGGUUUACCGUAGAGCCAGUAACCCUAUAUUGAGGCUGGGGCACUACUGAGAUGGACUUGUAACUGUGUAUUCCUACCUCGGACAUUGAUCUCUGAGAAAACCAGUUCUUCACUUUAUCUUGGUGCAUCUGCUCUCCAUUAGUAUAGUUUCCAUCAUUGUAAGGAGGAUUUUUCAUCUUAUUCCUAUCCAAUUGUGUUAACUCUCUUUCAGCUAUAGAGCUUUCAGGAUAGA